UUUUAAAGAACGAUGCGAGAGGGCGCUGCAUGACAGCUCGUUCCACCAACCUCUGCGCAAAACAUUCCCCAAGUUGACAAGGAAUCAUUAAUUGAGUACGGCAAGUUGUGCGGUUUCUCAAAGUUUUCUACUUACUUCAACAAAAUAAGAUGGCUGCCGUACGUUCCUUCUCCCGUCUGCUCACACGUUCUUCGCUGAACAAUAUCGCAAAGCGCGGUUAUGCCGACGAAAUGAACUUCACUUUUGCUGCUGGCAACCAGGUCUUCUACAAUGGUGUGUCAGUAAGGCAAGUGGAUGUACCAUCCUUCUCUGGAGCAUUUGGUAUCCUGCCUAAACAUGUGCCCACCCUGGCUGUGUUGAAACCUGGAGUGGUUACUGUUAUUGAGAAUGAGGGUGGUUCCAAGAAAUACUUUGUUUCUAGUGGCACUGUUACCAUCAAUGAUGAUUCCUCAGUACAGGUUUUGGCUGAAGAAGCCUGCCCAGUUGAUAACCUAGACAUCUCUGCCGCGCGUGACGUUCUGAGCAAGGCGCAAAGUCAACUUUCUUCUGCCACCACUGACGUUGCACGUGCAGAGGGACAAAUCGCCGUGGAAGUCGGCGAAGCGUUAGUGAAGGCGUGCGAAUAAAGUGUCUGUCAUAGUUAUUGUAUAGUAAAAAAGAAACAUUAUUGUUUGGAGAUAAGUGCAAGUUAUACUCCACUUUUUGUUCAAGGCAUAAUCAUACAUCAGCCACCAAUGCCAUUGUACUAGUUCUUCAAAAUAAAAUAAACUAAAUAAG